AUGAUUCAGUGUGGCCUACGAUUUUCUCCACGAACGUUGAGACUCAGCUGUAUAAGCAGACAGCUUUUCUCUACUAAAACGAAUGGCUCAAAUGAUUUCAAUGAUGCCAAGCUCCGAGAUAUAAUUGAGUCCUCCAACAUGGCACCUUCAAAGAGGUUCAAGGCUGAAAACAAUGACCAAAGUAUAAACGACACACAAAAACUUAAGCAAGUUGUUGAAUCGGCUCCAAUUAGCCCGAAGACAAUCGUGGAAAGCAUCGCUGCUGCUGACGAGGCAGAGCCUAUAGAUAACGGAAGAAACAAACCCAAACAGAGUCCAUUGGAAAUGUUGAAGACAAAUUACAAACUCUUAGUGUCUUCAGUUAUAAAAGAUUCUCUGAGCUCCGUGAACACUCUUGCACAAACAUUGAACCAGAUCACGGGAUAUAGUAAAAUCGAGGAGCACAAACAGUUGGUGCAACAAUUGGAAAAGGAAGUGAAGGAAGCACGCUUGGAGCUCAAAAGAGCCAAAAAUGCUUAUUCGGAUGCAAUUGAACAGCGUUCAAAUCUGCAGAGGGAAGUUACCGAGCUUUUGACUCGGAAAGACACUUGGAAUCCUAUGGAUGUCGAGAGAUUCACGCAACUAUACAGAAGCGAUCACGAGAACCAGCGCAAUGAGUCUGAUUCGAAAAUUAGAUUAGAAACGGCAGAACAAGUCUUCGAUUCAGCUCAAUUGAAGCUUGGCACCAAGAUCCUAGCCCGAUAUCACGAGGAACAGCUCUGGAGUGACAAAAUCAGACUGGCACUGACGUAUGGAACAUGGAUGCUUACUGGACUAAACAUAAUAUUCUUCGUUGUGGCAAUCUUCUUUGUCGAGCCAUGGAAAAGAAGACGUUUAGUCAAUGCAUUUCAUGUGGAGGUUAGUCUGCAAUUCGAUGAAUACAACACUGAAAUAAGGCAUUUAUCUGACCAAAUGAAACAGUUGACAGAUGCAAAAGAACCGAGUGAAGUCUUUCUCGCACUGGAGGAGGAUUUGGGGCCACAAGUUCAGCGUCUCUCCCAGACAACAAUUACGAGUGCUCUCACAUCUUGGGACUCUCUCAAAGCUUUCUUUCACAAAGUUUUUGCCAUGGAUUUUCUGUCUGGCCAGUUCCUUAUCACCAAAUCUGACUUGAUUUUUGCUUCUGCAGCUCUCGUUGUUUUCUCAAGCGGAUUAACAACAAUAAUAAGUCGUAUGAUGUUUUCCUAG